UUUCCCACUCUUCAAUGAGAACGAUACCUGUGACGCGGUCGGUUCAUAACGCAGCUCGCGCAUCUUACCAUUGUGGAACAUACAGAACCCUAGGAUCAAGUGAAGUUUAAUAGCUUGGUUGUCGGAAAGUUUUUGAGAAAAAUGUGUCCGCAUGUUUUGUGAUUGAAACUGGGUUUGUGCAAGUAUGCCAGAGUAUAUAAGAGAGAAAUCCAGAGAAAGAUUUUUAAGGAGCAAAGUGCCAUUUCAUGUAGAUUUGUUUUCUAACGUUGAUAUUUUCGUCUCAACCUCACGUCCAUGAUUGAGAAGGUUUUCAGAGUCGUUAAAGCCUGCAGGUGCCUGGCCUACCACAAGGAGUCGCUGUGUGUAGGCAAUUAAGGCAGCCGUGUCCAAACUCUUACUCAUUCCACCCUGCAUGGUGAUGAGGCGGAGCCAAUUUGCACCACCCUCUGCGGGACCCCCGGACUCCAUGGUUAUGCCAUGACCUGGAUUUGAACUCCUGUCUGCCAUGACGCUGCUGCGUUUCGGGAUGGAAAAAUGUGGAGGAGGCAGGAAUUGUCAAAUGCCCAAUAUCACCUGAGGAACUGGAAGAUGAUGCUGUGGGUAUUGGCCUCUCUGUUGACGUUGGUGGAGGGAGUGUUUUCUGAAGAGGACCUCAAAGAGGCCCACGCUGAGAAUCUCCAUGUCCAGGAGGGGACCACCGCCCCCAGGGCUUGGUACCCAGACCACUACCCCGAGGUCCACGAGCUUGGAAAGGAGCAGGACAGCCGUGACCUGUCCUUCUGGCCCAGUCUGUCAGAGAGCCUCGAUGUCGAGGACGACGGAGAUCACUACCCGAGCAGGUGGGAGCGCUCGCCCCCCGACACCGAACCUUCCCGUAGAGGCUCCCGCAAGAACCGCAGGAAGCCAAAAAACAGCAGCCGGGACUGCCGCAUGGAGCGAAAGGAGAUGCGUGUCAGAGACCUGGGCCUGGGCUUCGACUCAGACGAGAUUGUCCUGUUUAAAUACUGCGUGGGGACAUGUCUGAGCUCCCGGAAGAACUAUGACCUGGCCCUCAAGGCCAUGACGGAAAACGGGAGUAUCUCCAGCGAGAAGGUGAGCGUCGGCCCCUGCUGCCGGCCCACCCGCUACGAGACGGUCUCUUUCAUGGACGCUCAGACAAUAUGGCAGACCAUCAAGUCGUUGUCGGCAGCUAACUGUAGCUGCGUGGGUUGACGGGCCGUUCGAGGAAGUCUACCUGCAGGACACACAUGCAUAAAGAAGCUUCAGGGUGAAGAGAGGAAGAGGCUGAAAUGCCUUUAAUGUAGUAGUGGGCAUUAAGGGUGAACCAGAGCCAAAAGCUGGGUCUCAGUUCGACGUGGAUCCACUUUUGUGUGGAAGCAGGCCUCUUAGGUGGUGGGAGCAGAGGAUAGAGAUACAGCCUGUCAAACCUUACACCCAACCGAGGAGCUGCGUCUUCAGUCAGGGGCCAGGAGACUGGAGAGGACUGGAGCUCGUUGGCAGGUCCUGGGUUGGUUAUGUCCCCUGUGAUAAAAGCAUUGUGCCCCAAGAAGGCUGGCUAUCACAUGCCUACAACCAGGAUAUGUGAAACAAAUGUCUUGGACCAGUGGACAUUUACUCUUAACCAGGAGUGGAGCAUCAUGGGUUACGGGGCAGCUAACGUUUUAGAGGGCUACACAUUUUAAGACUAAAUACUUUGAUAUGAAGAAAUAUUAUGAAGUGAGAAGUUGUUUGUUUUCAAAGUCUCUUCAAUUAGACCAAAAUCACUUUAUGGGGUUAUGCAUUGCUAUGUUUCCUUCUUCAAGGGCAGCUCAUCCACACUGUGGUUGGUGGUGACAAGGUUGUUUUCAGCCAGUCUUAGGACUCUCUCAAAUCCCAGUCUAUACACAGGCUAUGGGAAUAAAAUGAAGCACACAGUAACUAGACAAUGGCAUUCAAGUGAUUCCAACACUAAGCACACGCAUCUACUCUUACAACAAAGCAAAACAAACUGUACUACACCAAACUGGAUUAGCUGUAAAUCUUGAAGAAUCCAAAACACUUGUAGCUUAGCCCAAUGUGUUUCCUUUCUAUAAACAGUGUGUAGUAGAAUGCUAUGACAGGGCCAAGGUGAGUCAGGGCUCAGCCAUACCUCCCGCUGCCUAACACACAUCUUUCAUCAUAGUUUAUUUUCACCUCUGAACAUGGCACAACACCGCUGUCCCCUGAACAUUUAGGAUUUUGAAGAUUACAAAGACUGAGCAUUAUGGUAACUGUUAUUAUAAAUGUUUGUUAUGCCAUAUCUUAUUGUGAUAUAAAACAUCUCAUACACUGUGGCAUUGUUUAUCAAGGUGGUGUUUCUUAUAGAAAAACAUAACUAUUGACAACAGUUUAAUGGGCCACAUAUGUGGCUGCCACUCCACACCUGACCAAUAGGAAUGGAGACAUACAGAAGAAAUAAUGACAAUAAGGUAUAUAUGUAGUAUGAAAACAAGGGGAAGGUUUACAUAGUAUUCUAUCACACAUAAUGCAAACUUGUAUAUACUAUAUAUAUAUACAGUUUAUAUUGAUAUAGUAUUGAAUGAAUCAAUUUCUCUGUUCUUCAGAUAGUUGUUUGUUAAGCGACGGUAUAGAGUGCCCUCCAGAAUUAUUGGCACCCAAGGUACAUUAGCACAAAAGGGCUGUGAAAAAAUUGCAUUGUUUUUUAUCAACAUGAUCUAACACUCAGAAAAUCAUAUGAACCAAAUCUUUACUAGUACUAGUUGUUUUAUUCAAAUGUUUUUUUAUUGGCAUCCCUAAAAAAAAUAUUUACAAAAUCCAAUUGAUGUAUAUUCCGAUUAAGAGUUUACUUUUUAAAGUUCAUCAGAGUCUUUGGGAACUCUUAAGUGGUCACCCAUAACAUCCUGUUUCACUUGGGUAUAAAUAUGAGACAGAAGCUGAACUCCCUCAUCCAUGAACAUGGGAAAGGCCAGAAAACACCAAACAAAUGAGACAAAAGGUUGUUGACCUUCACAAAUCAGGCAAUGGCUAUAAAAAGAUUACUAUGCGCCUGAAAAUACCCAUCUGCACUAUUAGGCAAUAAUUUAACUGUAAAUGUAAAACAACUGUAGAUCUGAUGAACCUGUCUGUAACAAAUAUUUUGUCCACAUGCACAGUGAGAAGGAUAGUUCAAGUGGAAUGAAAAUGUCUAAGAAUCACGGUUGAAAUAUUGUAUCUUUGGUCUCCAAGUCUCCCAAACUAGUCUCCAUGCCAACCAGUUAAUUGGAGGGAUUCCCAGAGGAAAGCCUCUGCUUUCCCCAAACCAAAAACGUAACCUCCUUGAGUUUGUUACGUUUAUUGGAACUUUGAUUGGAACCAAGUUCAAUAGUCAGAAUUUUUUACUCCAAACACAAGAGGUUGGUUUAGCAUAAAAAGAGCCAUGGGCAUACAGAAAAUAACCUAAUCCCCACUGUGUGGUGGUGAAUAUUUCAUUUUGUUGGGCUUUUUGACUUCCAAAAGCCCAGGGGCCUUCUUAGGAUGCAUGGUACCGUGUAUUCCAUCAAGUACCAAGAGAUUUUAAGCCAAAACCCGACUGCCUCUUCCAAGAUGGAAAAACUGAGUUGUCGUUGAAUCUUCCAGCCGGACAAUGAUUCAAAGCCUACCUCCAAAUCCACCCAAAAAUGGUUCACUGACCAUAGAAUCAAGCUUUUCAAUUAUAAUAAUCAAUUAUUUAUUGAUGACAGUUUAUUUUCUUUGAUCAGAUAUUGUUUUAUUAAAGAUUCACAUCAUUUUUGACUGUAAGAUCAAGCUGAUAAAUACUAAUAAAAAAAUCUUAACAUUUUGUUCAUAUGUAACUAGUGUGCCAAUAAUUCUAAAGGGCAAUAUUUUCAUAUUUUGGUGUUCAGAAUACAAAUGAAGCAUUUAUUAUUAUUCAACUGCUGGACAUUUUACAGUAUGUGUCCAUAAAGAAAGGUCGUAUUUUAAUCUCUAUGUAAUAUGCAUAUUGUGUACAUUAUAGUUCUGAACCAUUCUCUCAGGACAGGGCUGUUUUGUUUUACAAAGAUACCUCUCCUCUGUCUCAUUGUAGUUGGAUAUCAACCGGGUAUCAAAUGUAACGAUCUUUCUUUUAACACUUUCACAAUUACAAACAAUCAGGAAAAAUAUGUUUUGAUAUGUUGUGGUGGUUCAUUAACGGUCUUAAUCUCUGUUUUCCACCUGGAUCCCACCACCCACUGAAAUACCGUGAAUCUAAUGUUGUAGAUUUUGUGGUCUAACCCAUCUAACUACAGUAUGUGCAUGACAUGCAGGGAUUUUUUUUUAACUGGUAAUGGUUCACAGCACUAUGUUUAGGGAUUGACAAAGUGUUAACAACACACAAGAUGGCACGCUUUUAUUCUGCCUUCAGUACAGGUCUGGUUGUGGUUCUAUGAAGAUGCAGCAGCUGGUGUGAUUCAUGUGUAAAAACAUUGGGCUUCUCUCUUUAAGUCCCAAUUUAAUUUCCCUGUUAGGUGCUGUGCAUCUCUUUAUUAUCAUUUUAUUGUAAGAUUAUCACCUUAUUAGGGACAGUAUUUAUUAGAUCUAAAUUAUUUAUUUAUUGUAAUUUCAUGUUAUACGCUUGGUAUUACUAAUAUCAUACAUAUCAUUUAUGAAGUGGCCAUGUAUGCCUUUUAUUUUACUGUUGUUUUUUUGUUGAGCAAGAAUGUUUUGAAGUGUCUCUCUCUAUCACACACACACACACACACACACACACACACACACACACACAGACAGACAGACAGACACAGACAGACAGUGCAUGUACUGUAGGUGUAUCCAUUAUGCAGUAUCGUUCUAUAUGAACCAGACAACGAGCCAAUAUAACCUGGUGUGACAUUCUCCAGUAGCUGUCAGUUACAUGUGAUGCCAAGAGAUAAGUGCCAGACGCUGGCAAGGUAUAAGAGACCAAAUACCUUUGUUUCCAUUAGAUGUAUUAGUUCUGAUGUCUAACGUGUACCCUACACAAGUACACAAUGAACUACCAUUAGCUAUGCAAAAUGAUGAUCCUGUGUAGUUAAGGUCGCAAAAAUAUGCAAACUUUCUGCUGCGCCACAACUCUAAUUCUAAAUAUAUGAUUGCCUCUUGCGUAGAUAGUUGCAUUCUUUUGUUGCGUAGUUGUGUAUGGUAUAAAUUAAGCUUUAGUCAGAGACAACAGUAGGCCUACUCAUUUUCAUGGGGCCUUGUUGUAGUUAAAUAUACAUGUACCUUAUUAUCCAGUGUUUAACAAAGACAAAAAAU